AUUAAAAGUUGGCGCGGACACCAUUAGAGUACUUUCGUUUCUUUGAGUAGGCCUAUUCAUUCUGACAUGGGAAUUACCGGCCUAACCAAACUGCUGGGAGAUUAUGCACCGUCUUCAAUGAAAGAAAAUGAAAUAAAGAAUUUCUUCGGAAGGAAGGUGGCAAUUGACGCAUCCAUGAGCAUAUACCAGUUUCUCAUCGCAGUCAGACAAGACGGAUCACAGCUAACCAAUGAGGAGGGAGAAACCACAAGUCACUUGAUGGGUAUGUUCUACAGAACUAUACGGAUGGUGGAGAAUGGCAUCAAACCUGUUUAUGUUUUUGAUGGUAAACCACCAGACAUGAAAUCAGGGGAGCUUGCCAAAAGAAAAGAAAAGCGAGAUGAGGUCCAAAAGGAGUUGGAAAGGGCAGAAGAAGCAGGAGAUGAAGAAAAUGUAGAUAAAUUCAGUCGUCGAUUGGUGAAAGUCACAAGGGAACACAACGAUGAAUGUAAAAAGUUGUUGCACCUGAUGGGCAUUCCUUACGUGGAGGCUCCGUGCGAGGCUGAAGCGCAGUGUGCAGCGCUGGUCAAGGCUGGAAAAGUGUUUGCGACUGGCACAGAAGACAUGGACUCGCUGACCUUUGGGUCCACUGUUGUUCUGCGUCAUUUGACUUUCAGUGAAGCAAGGAAAUUACCAAUCAAAGAAUAUCAACUGAACAAGAUUUUGGAAGAAUUGAAUCUCACUCAAGAUGAGUUCAUUGACCUGUGCAUUCUGCUUGGAUGUGACUACUGUGAUUCAAUCAGAGGCAUUGGACCUAAACGAGCUAUUGAGUUGAUUAAACAGCAUAGAAAUAUUGAAGAAAUAAUUAAACACCUUGACAAAAAGAAGUAUACCAUACCUGAAGAUUGGAUGUACAAAGAAGCACGUAAAUUAUUUCAACAACCAGAAGUAGCUGAUCCUGAUCAACUGGAGUUAAAAUGGAGUGAUCCAGAUGAGGAAGGGCUUGUAGAGUUUAUGGUCAAGCAAAAAAGCUUUAAUGAAGAGAGAAUCAGAAAUGGAGCCAAAAAACUCUUGAAAGCGAGGCAAGGGACAACACAGGGCCGCAUGGAUUCCUUCUUCUCUGUUGUCACUACAUCUAAAACCACCAAGAGAAAGGCUGAAGAGCCAAAAGGAUCACAAAAGAAGAAAGGCAAACCUAACUUUAAAAAAGCUAAAUAGCCACUUGCAGCAAUACACAGCCAUAGAGUUCGC